CAGAAAUGCCUACUUCCGCAUAUUAAUACAAGACCCAAUGAUGAUGCUCUGAUCCAUUCAGUGAAUGCCAAAGCUGACGGCACUUCUCUUUCUCUUGCUACCACUGAGAAACCACACCCGCUACCAAAUCAACCAAAACAAUCCUCUUUCAUCCACGGUGCCCAUGUUGAGCUAUCCAAUCUAUUUAAACCACCAUGCCAAACCUCAACAUCCGAGAAUGGCCCCGGCAGAUCUUCUACCUCAUCACGGCCUACCGCCCAUUCUACAACCUGCUGCUUGCUUUCUACACCAUGAUGGACAUGUUCUGGCUAGGCUGGGACGGCACAGACCCUGCGUACUUUUCGGCCGUUCUGAACGAUUACGCCGAGCUGGUUAUCCUGGAGGGAUUGCAUGGUUUCGGAGCUUUUGCCGAGUUGGGUGGGGUGGUCUGGGAUGGAUUUGAUGGUGGGGAUAUCGACAUGGAUAUGGAUAUGGAUGACUUUGAUGGGUUCGAUGGUUUUGAUUGGGAUUUCGACGGGUUUGAGGACGAUUAUCGAUAAC